AUUCCUCGACCUCAACACCUCUCGCGCCCUAAUACCAUUCAGUCAUGGGUCAGAAACGACGUAGAGACCCCAAGGGGUCGGCGCUUCAGUCGAAAAAGAAAACGAAGGGCUCUUCUACGCAUGUCUCGAAUGGAAAUGAGAGCGGGGAUGAGAUCGUGGGAAUGAACGAUCUCAACUGGUCGUCCGUGGAUCUCCCUGAUCGCAUGGAGGAUACGGAAGGCUUCUUUGGUUUGGAGGAAAUCGAAGGGGUCGAUAUCGUGCGACCGGAUGGUAUCGGAGAGAUCAAGUUCAAGGCCAAACCAGGGAAACCUAAGAACUCCAUCUUGAAACAAAAAUCAGCCGAGGAGAGUGGCUCCGACGACGAAUGGAGCGGCUUUGGUGAUGAUGAUGAUGAUGCUGUCGACGGGGACGCGACGGAGGAUGUGCCAGUGACCGAAGAUGACAAGGGCCAGGACGACACCAAGCGGAAACCGAAAGCAAAGGACGCCAAGCCUGAGGAAAGCCAGGAAACCGGAAAGAAAGAGAAGAAAGAGAAGAAGAAUCCAAAGAGAGAAGCGAAAGCGAAACUUGCGAAUAAUGCCGAUAAAAGCAUCAAACCGGGGCUAUCCUUCGCAGCGCUACAAGACGAGGAAGAAGACGACGGUGUGGACGUCUCCGAGUGGGAGUCGCUCGGUCUCGCCCCGGAGAUCCUCACCAGUCUCUCAAAGAUGAAGUUCAGCACCCCAACCACUGUUCAAAAGUCCUGCAUUCCACAGAUCUUGAAGGGCCACGACGUCGUGGGAAAAGCCUCGACGGGUUCCGGAAAAACCCUGGCCUUUGGCAUUCCGCUCUUACAGCACUACCUAGAGCGGAGACGGGAUCGAGAGGGAAAGAAGUCGGACAAGACGGAACGGCCACCUCUGGCUCUGAUUCUUUCCCCAACGAGAGAAUUGGCCCACCAGCUGGCAAAGCACAUUGGAGAGCUGAACAACAAUGCCCCGGGAGCCAAUGCUCGAAUCGCGCUCCUGACCGGUGGUCUGUCCGUGCAGAAACAGCAACGUCUGCUGGUUGGAGCUGAUAUCGUCAUCGGAACUCCCGGUCGACUGUGGGAGGUCCUCCGUACGGGAACCGGGUUGAUCCGUAAGAUGCAGCAGAUCAAAUAUGUCGUGGUUGAUGAGGCGGAUCGGCUGCUGAGCCAGGGCCACUUCAAGGAAGCUACGGAGAUUCUCGAUGCGCUCGACCGUGUGGAGGUGGACGAGACCCCGGAAGGUGAGGAGGCGGCGUCCGAGGAAGAAAACCCUCGCGACGAGCGGCAGACAUUGGUGUUCUCGGCGACAUUCCACCGCGACUUGCAGCAGAAGCUAGCCGGCAAGGGCCAGUGGUCGGGAGGCGAUGUCAUGAGCACCCAGGAGUCCAUGGAGUAUCUAUUGAAGAAGCUCAACUUCCGCGAAGAGAAGCCCAAGUUCAUCGACGCGAACCCUGCUUCGCAGAUGGCCGAGGGUCUCAAGGAAGGCAUCGUCGAGUGCCCUGCAAUGGAAAAGGACCUCUACCUCUACACCCUAAUGCUCUACCAUCCCAAACACCGCACCCUAGUGUUCACCAACUCCAUCUCCGCCGUGCGCCGACUCACCCAACUCCUGCAAGCGCUCAAGCUUCCCGCCCUCGCGCUGCACUCCUCCAUGGCUCAAAAGGCCCGUCUCCGCUCCGUGGAGAAGUUCUCCUCGCCGACAGCCGACCCAGGUUCCAUCCUCGUCGCCACGGACGUCGCCGCCCGCGGUCUCGAUAUCAAAGGAAUCGAAUUCGUCGUCCACUACCACGCGCCCCGCGCCGCUGACGCCUACGUCCAUCGGUCCGGUCGUACCGCGCGUGCAGGCGCAUCCGGAAAGAGCGUCAUCAUCUGCUCGCCGGAGGAGAUGACGAGCGUUAUCCGUCUGGCAGCCAAGGUGCAUGCCCGCAGGGGCGACGCCAAGAGCAUGCCCCUCGAGUCGCUGGAGCUAGACCGCCGAGUAGUGGGCCGCGUCAAGCAGCGGGUGGUCCUAGCGUCGAAGUUGACGGAGUCGAAUAUCGCCAAGGAAAAGAUUACGGCAGAGGACAACUGGCUCCGCAAGGCGGCGGAGGAUCUCGGAGUCGACUACGACAGUGACGACUUGGAGGACGCCCAGAGCCGGCCCCGUGGACGGGGAGGUGGUCGUGAGCAGCGGCAACGCGAGGCCGGCAGCGUCAGCAAGGCUGAGCUGGCCGGCAUUCGCGCCGAGCUGAACCACCUGCUGUCGCAGCGUGUCAACGUCGGCGUCAGCGAGAAGUAUCUGACUUCUGGGCGUGUGGAUAUCGAAGCCCUGCUGCGGGGCGAGGGCAAUCAGAGCUUUUUGGGACAAGUGGAUCCGUUGGGAUUUUAGUGACACAUAUUCCAGCAUAUGCAAGAGAUACCAUUAAAAUUAGUCGAUGGGGUUUACAUUCAUAUUAUAUUAAC